UCUUUUAUACUAGGUAAUCUAGUAUCCUUAUGCAUGAAGAUAAUAAAUUCAGUCAUUGUGGUCAGACUCUAUUAUGGAUUUCUGACCACAUUCUCCAUAGGGCCCUCUUAUCUCUUCCUUCUCCGAGCUCACAUUAUGGAAGAAGGAGAAGAAGGAACCGUGAAGAAAGUAUCAGCAACAACCAGUUUUAUUACGAGACAGCGCAUGAUGUUCAUAUCGAUCUAUUAUGUGCCUUUUCAUCUAGCAUUGGGUAGACCUCAUACAAUAACUGCCCUACCUCUACCCUAUCUUUUCUUUCAUUUCUUUUGGAACAAUCACAAACACUUUUUUGAUUAUGGAUCUACUAAUAGAAAUUCAAUGCGUAAUCUUAGCAUUCAAUGUUUUAGUUGGUUGGUUAAUUGGUCACAUUUUAUUCAAAAUAAUUCUAUUAGAUCUAAUAAGUAUAUGGUGGCAAAAUUGAGAAAUUUUGUGGCUCGAAUCUUUAGCAGAAUAUCGUCACCCAUUGUUACUAAGAAACUGAAAGAAACCUUAGAAAUAGAAGAAACAGAUGUAGAAAUAGAAACAACUUCUGAAACGAAGGGGACUAAGCAAGAACAAGGGGGGUCCACCGAAGAAGAUCCUUCUUCUUGCCAUUUUUCGAAAGAAAAGGAGGAUUUGGACAAAAUUGAUGAAACGAAAGAGAUACAAGUGAAUGGAAAGGAAAAAAAGGUGGAUUAG